UUCCUUUUUCUUUACUCGCCUUUUCUUGGUUCAGAUUGUGUCGAGACCCCCACUUCAUCUUCUUUAUUGACAGCAAUCGUCUUUUUGCAACAUUCACCUUUGCAACACAAAAAAGCAGUCGACGUACUUGUUCAUGUUUUGUUCAUCACUGGACUGGAAUCACAUUUCCCAUCAAGACAGUAUAGAGCAGUACCAGUUACAUCGUUUUCUUAAAGUCAAAAAGAAAGUCUCUCAGGCGACCUCCUAAACCACUUAUUCCUCUUCUCUUUUAUUUCUUCUUCUUAUUACACACAAACAAUACUCUUGUUUCAACCUACUCCAUUUUUCCCUCCUUUCUUUAUUUGUAAUUUGAUAACAUCCAGUUUGCAACCAUGUCUGCCAUUAAUGUUCGACGUGAUGUCAAAGACUCCUAUUAUCGUUACAAGAUGCCUCGCCUGAUCUCAAAGGUCGAAGGUAAAGGCAAUGGUAUCAAAACGGUUAUUCCCAAUAUGACGGAUAUUGCCCGUGCUUUAUCCCGUCCUCCUUCUUAUCCUACCAAAUACUUUGGAUGUGAGCUUGGUGCUCAAGUCAAAUGUGAUGACAAGAAUGAACGCUAUAUUGUGAAUGGCGAACACGAUGCCGAAAAGUUGCAACAGAUUCUUGACGGUUUUAUUUCCAAGUUUGUCCUCUGUGACUCUUGCAAAAACCCUGAAACCGAUAUUAUCAUCAAGAACGAUGAUAUUCUCAUGGACUGCAAAGCUUGUGGUGCCAGAAAUCUGGCGGAUAUGCGUCACAAGUUGUCCACGUUCAUUCUCAAGAAUCCUCCUGCUGCGGCAUCCAAGAAUCUGCGCAAGCAGCGCAAAGCCGCCACCGCUCAGGCCAAUGGAACCGAUGAGAACGGUAUGCCCAAUGGGCACGAUGAUGGCGCUGCCUCCGAUGAUGAUAUUAUCUCUCAACGUAUCAACAAGGAAGCUGCCGGUUUGUCACUUGAAAGUCAGCUCGCUGAAGAAGAUUGGUCCGAAGAUACCAGUGAAGAGGCCGUGGCCCAGCGUAUGAAGGAAUUGUCCGUCAAGGGUAUGGGUGCUUUUGGUGGCGACGAUGAAGACGAUGGCGAGAACAAAUAUGAACAGUUCGGUGAAUGGCUCGACAGUGAGGAAAAUCCCUCGGAUGAUGCCAUCGUUGAAAAGGCCGAAGAAUUGGGUGUCUUUGGCAAGUACAAGGCUUGCCAGGUGUUGGUUCAGUGUAUUUUCGAUGAAACUAUCGCUGCUCAGAUUCCCAAGCGUACCAAGCUGUUGCGCCGAUUCGUCAAGGAUGAGAAGCACCAAAAGGCCGUGUUGGGUGGUAUGGAACGCUUGGUCGGACUUGAAUACAAGGAUAAAUUGAUCAAGAAGGUGCCGGCCAUUCUCAUGAAGUUGUACGAUGCCGAUAUCAUUGAAGACGACGUGUUCUUGAAGUGGGGUGAAAAGCCUUCGAAGCGUUACGUCGAGCGUGAAGUCUCCAAGGAAGUCAAGAAGGCCGCCAAACCCUUCUUGGAAUGGCUCGAAAAUGCAUCUGAAGAAGAAUCCGAUGAAGAAUCGGAUUAAACAAGACGUUCUUUUUUUUUCUUUUUUUCUUUUUUUUUCACUUUUUUCCUUAUUUCUAUUUUUACACCACACGGUUCGUUGAUGAUAACAAUGUAAUGUCUAUUUUCCCAUUGAAUAAAUAGUCUCUACAAUAUUGGACUGAAAAAAAAAUUGCG